AUGACUUCUGACGUCAAUUGUGACGUCUUUCCUAAGUUACAUUACAUUGGUUAAGUUUGUCUCAGUUUUUCAGUGUUUUCAUUUAAAUUUUAUUUAAUAAAACAAUGAGAUUGCAUUAGUUUUUAUGUUAAGUUUCAGCUUUAACUCGUGGUUUAAUAAAUAUUCUACAUAAACUAUCGUGGUGAUGGACUCGACCUUGUGUGAUUAUAAUGAGGGUGAAAUACCUAUAUGGCAAGAGCCGCGAUGUGAGCCACUGGGUGCCCCGAAAGAGAACCUCUGUGAUGAAGAAUCCCCGCAACAGAUCCCUGGUGAUAGAAUACACGCUUUGGAAGAAGAGCAAGAAAUACUUUCAUCCUCCGUAUUUUCUUUGACUUCACAUCUCGCUCAAGUUGAAUUUAGAUUGCGUCAAAUCUUAAAGGCUCCACCGGAAGAGAAAGAUGCUAUGUUACAAGCAUUGGAGGAAUUUACUUCCCGUGGGGUUGAUUCUCGAGCUGCUCCUCAAGGUAGCGCAGGAGAACCAGCGUGUAACGAGUGUGUAGAACUGGAACGGAAGAUAAGGAAUCAAAGAGUAAAACAAGCGCACUUUAUCGAAAGACUAAAAAAUCAAUUAAAAGAAUUGGAAAUAUACACUGCUGGAACUUCAAAUUCAAACGAUGAUACUAAACAGAGAUCAUUAAUAGAACAUUUGAGAAAUGAAAUUGACCAUAGCCUGGAGGAAGGUUGCCAUCACCCGCUUACAACAGAAGAACUGAGACAUCAGAUAGACUGUGCCGUUCGUCAAUAUACUGACAGACAGCUUUCCAAAGAAGAGAUCAUUACUAAACUACAGACACAUAUAGACGAUAUGCAGAAAUUUAUAAAGUUGAUGAAAAAUGGUGAUUUAAACAGCAAUACGAAAUCGAGAUCAGCGGAGCCUAAAAAAGUUGGUAAAUCAGAAUCAUUUGAGAAGAAUUUCAACCGCAACAAUGUAAAUAAUGAACUAAAAACAGAAACAAUAAAUCUUAUGAGGAAAGCUUCUACAUUAAUACAAAUAUUCACAGUGUCACAGUUUGGCUGUUCACCGAGUAGCAGUAAGAGAUAUGAUAGAUCAUCUACAAUUGUUACUCACUGGGGUAAUUUAAGAGCAAAAUUAGAAAUGUCUAUAGACGCAGUACUUCAUAUAGUGUCAAGGGAAAGGGCUUCACACACUUAUAUUGAUAAUUAUGACAGUGAGUCAGAGGAAGGGGGCUUAGUGAUCAACGAUGUACCUCUCACAACCGCAGUAAGAAGACAUCUUGCUCUUAACCUUAGAGACUUACUGCAACAUGGCUUAGUACACCCUGAAUCUAAAUCCUUAGUCCCUAUAAUUGGUUGCUUCCCUGUCCGUAGAUCCUCUACAUCAAGAUGUGUCCAUAUAUGGGAAUUAAUUUUACGCUAUUAUGAUUUAAAUGAUGGUGAUAAAUUUAAUUCAACACCAGCGAGGAAACUCAGUCAGAGUUUCAAUCUAGAUAUUGUUGGGAGCACAUCCAUUACAAACAAGCAAAGUCUUUUAAGUGCAAUCGGUAGUAUUUUAGCAUCACACACUCCGUACAAAAGAAGCUAUGAUGCACACUUUAAAGCCUUUGUAUGUGCGGCUCUCAAUGUACACAAACUUGUUAUAUGGUUGAACAUCAUGUUGAAAUGUAGACUGUUAAUAGACUCAUACUAUCUGUCCACUAGUUAUGUUGUCAACACAGGUUUUCAGGAUACACUGCAGAGUCUCGACCGUCUCACACCAUAUAAUUUUGAUUUGCCCGUCGAUCUUGCCGUCAAACAGUUUCAGAACAUCAAAGAUGUAUUUAUGUAACAUAAGAUUUAAUCAUUCCUUUCCAGCUAUCAAUCCAGAUAGUAUUAUGUAUCUUGUCCAUAUAACUAGGCUAUAAUGAGAGCAAUUUUAAAAUCAUAUUUUAUAUAUAUUAUAAAUGGCCUGCUUGUAUUAUGGGAAUCUUUGUCUUAUAUAGUAUAGCUUUUAGUUGUUUUGCUUAAUUCCUUUGAACCUAGCAAAGUAUUUUAAAUAUAGAGUUGAAUUUGUCUAAAGAUUGUGUAUUUAAAAUAUGUAAUAUUCUAGCUUGACACAUUAUACACAUUUCCUGUUCACAUUAAUUUUUACAACCUCUAGAUCUCAUGCAUAAAGGUCUAACUAAUUUAUAAACUCAUAACUAAAGUUUUGAGUUCUAAAUAUUAUCUCAAUAACCAAAGAUUUUUUUUAUUAAGUUAUAAUUGAUAUAUAUGAUACUAGUCAAAUAAUUAUUUAACUUGUAUAGGAACUGUAUUGUAUAUAAUAUAAAAUAGAAGCCUGGUUUAAAAUGUAAAACUAAACAAAAUGUAAAUAGUGAGUGAAACAAAGAUUGUACUAAAAUUUAUUUAUUUGUAACAUCAACAUAAGUCGCUGAAACAUUCCAGAGCAUCAGUGUUGUUAUGAGUUAAUAUAAUAAAUGAGCAUAGUUAAAUAAAUUACACCUUUUUUUUCACAAUUAAACGUAAUUCACCUUCA